AAGAAGUAGACUUUACCUUGUUUUCUAACUUAUUCUGGAAAUCACAAAGCUAAUCCAAAAACGAUGCUACUCUUGAUGUUGGUGGCGGUAUUGUGAGCUCUGUUGGCGUGAAGCCGUGACAUAUCUUGUCGCGAUAUUUCCUCUUUGAAAGGUGGAGUACUCUGUGUCAACGGAAGUAUCAGUAGUUUGUGGCAGGCUGUAGGAACCGUUUUUGUACUUCUCAAGUGUCGUUUUAUAUGUCAUUGGUGUCAGUGCAUUUAUGAAGGGCCUUUUCUAUAAGUACUAACGUUUAUAGGGACAUGGUGGGCUAUGAUCCCGGAGCAAAGGGUGCUGCUUUCAGCCCAGAGGAGGCAGCCCUCGCUGGUUCAGCUGCUGGGAUGGUUACCAGAGCCCUCAUUAGCCCCUUCGAUGUAAUUAAAAUCCGAUUUCAGUUACAGAUAGAGCGGGAGGGAAAGUAUCAGGGACUGUUUCAAGCAACUCGCUGCAUAUAUGCAGAAGAGGGAGUCUCUGCUUUCUGGAAGGGUCACAUUCCGGCACAGCUCCUCUCCAUCUGCUACGGGGCUGUCCAGUUUGCCAGUUUUGAGUUUCUGACGGAGGUUGUCCACAAGUCCACAGCAUAUGACAGUCAAACAGCAGGAGUUCACUUUAUCUGUGGGGGCUUGGCAGCUUGCUCCGCUACAGUGGUAUGCCAGCCUCUGGACACACUGCGGACGCGCUUUGCAGCUCAGGGAGAACCCAAGGUAUACGUUAACCUGCGGCAUGCUGUUUCCACGAUGUGGCGUUCAGAGGGAGCUCUGACAUUUUUCCGCGGCUUGUCUCCUACACUGGUGGCAGUGUUUCCUUACGCUGGACUGCAGUUCUUCUUCUAUAAUGUCUUUAAGAAACUGUUGGUACCUCCACCCAAAGCUGGAGAAUCAGGAGGAAGUAUUAGAAGCUUGGUCUGUGGAAGUGGAGCUGGAAUGAUCAGCAAAACCAUUACUUACCCUUUUGACUUGUUCAAAAAGAGACUGCAGGUGGGGGGCUUUGAGGCAGCCAGAGCUCAGUUUGGACAGGUGAGGAGUUACAGAGGCCUGACAGAGUGCAUGGUUAAAAUAGCCAAAGAAGAGGGCGUCCGAGGCUUCUUUAAAGGCCUCUCACCAAGCCUUGUGAAGGCUGCACUGUCAACAGGCUUUACCUUUUUUUGGUAUGAAUUUUUCCUCAAUGUCAUACAUAACUUCAAGGAGAGACGGACAACUAAUGGCCACACCAAAGACCUGAAGGAGAGAUAAUGAAGAAAAAAAAGUACAGAAAUUGAAAAUUCUGUACAUUAAAAAUGCACGUUUGCACUGAAGAUAUCAUGGUGGUUUCUGUUAUGUUUACAUAAAAGAACAGCAAAACAUAACUACAACUAAUAUUAUUUGUUUUGUCAUUACAUCAUAUGUUACACAAGCCCUGCGUUUCUCAAGUUGUAUAUCAUCUGGGUUUUUGAUGUGUCUUUAUUUUAUACACAUUUUAUAUUUAAAUGUUUUCGGAAAUGUUUGGUAUUGUAUGUCAACAGUAUACCUGUUUCUGCUCCAGGAAUGAUGAAAAAGUAAUUUUGUCCAGAAACCUUUAGGUUUAUAGAUGAUUUACCUGUGUCAGGAGAUAAAUAUCAGAAUAGUUUUUCAUGUUCAAACUGAACAUUGUAAAUUUUGGAUGAGUCACAGUUUUGCCAUUAACUUAAAUUUCUUAGAUGGUUUGCCACUCAAAUGGAAGAUGGUAUUAUGCCAAUAUUUUAGCUUAAGAAUUGUGUGGCGGUAUUGUGCAUAUUUGAUGUGCACUAGUGUACCACUUGAUAUUUUUUCUGUUAUAAAGUCUUUUUCCUGGUAGACCAAGGUAACACUAAGUAUGGAAGGUCACUGUUCAGUUAAACUCACCAAGAAGCCACUUUAUUCGUGGUUGAGCUGAUGUGUCUCGUCACUGUAAUUCUCAGGGCUUUACUUGUCAUGAGGUUGUGGUUAUUUAAUUUGAAUACUUAAUUUUUUGUAGCCCUUUGACCAGACUUCAUAUAAAUGCUGGGUGUUUCACAGGUGUAACCAUGUACAAGUGUUGUAGAGUACAACUGAAAAUACAGUGGCCCAUUGGUCCAGUUCCAAAUCCUUCUGCACUUACCUUUUAGCUGUUUGCUGAGGGAAGGAGUUGCUUUUAAGAAGUAGUCAUUAUUUAGCUUUUUUUUUUUUAACCAAGCCUUUGAGGGUAAAUACUUGAUCCCUGAAAGAAAAGGGAGGUGUGGCCAAGUGAGGGAAUUUGGAUUUGGCCUUUUACUUUGGUCCAACACCUUUUUAAAAUGAUACUUAUGUAAAUAAGAUUCAGUUUGGUAAACCUUCAUUACUACUUGUCUGUAUUUACCUGUUUUUUCCCCUGUUUUUUAAUUCUUUGUUUUAUUUCAACACUGAUAGAGAAUAUUUCCCAGUG